CCCAGGAGAAGACGCUUUACAUAGUAUAUAUACAGGCGACACCGUAACACUCAAUUGCCCUACAGACCAAACAACCAACGCAAGAUGGUCAUAUAUGAAGGACAGCAUGGAAUAUAUUUUAUCAAUUGGAUUGCAUUUAUCUAUAGAGGCUUUUCGUUUUGAUGUUUCCUACACGACCCAUCUAAAGCAAGUAAUAUCUUUAAGGAUAUUUAAUAUCACUUGGAAAGAACAAACUAUAUACAAUUGUUAUUAUGGUUUGCGAAAUGGAUCAUAUGUUCAUUAUACGUACAGCAUACAAUUAGCAAAUGUAACCAAUUCGUUGAUAAAGAAGCAACAUGGAACAGUUUGUUGUGUAGUGAAGGGCCAUAAUAUAAAGACUGCCAAUUACUUAUGGGAACAGCGCACAUUAUUUGAUGAACACGUUCGGUUUAUUUACAAUUUUAAUAUAAAUGACUCAGAAAAACAACAAGACAAACCUCCGCAUCUUGAUAACGACAGUCAACUGAUGUCUUGCAUGAAAUUCCACAAACCUGGCAUUUUAGCGUAUAACAUAGGAGGAACAUACAUAUGUACUGCGCAACUUUUCCUUUAUGGUAGGAGGCAGAUGAUAAGUAGAACUACAUCUUUAAAGAUAGAAAAUAUACAAGAUCGACCAUUGUGUAUAAAUGACAUCAAAAGACAGCAUUACAUUCUAGGAGAUAAUAUCACCAUUAUUGCGCAUUUCUACAGCAAGCCACAAUAUUUAUCUAUAGUUUUGAGAAAAAAUGAGAAUAUCAAACUGGAAAACAGCUUUACAGUUUUUAAAAAAACAUUAAUUUUAGAAAUUUUUCAAGUAACCGUUAUGAUCAUUAGUUAUGAAAUUACAGUUAACGUUCCAGAAUUUAGGGAGGAAGACAUAGGCAAUUAUACAGUUAAUAUAACUAAUGAGUUUGGUAGCUGUUUAUGUGAAGUACAAAUACUGCUUGAAGACAUAACUAUUCAGACAUAUCCAACAGUCAACGUCCUUGAAGGCCAGAGUGUUAUAUUUAUUUGCCAAAGUAUUAGCAAAAAGACAACAAAUAACUUUUCAUGGACGAAGCACGGUGUCGUUGUAUCUAAUUCUUCAUCCAUCAUGUUACAAAAAGUAACACAAGGUGACAACGGAAACUACACCUGUCGUAUGAAUAACAAUCAAAAGUUUCUGACAAAGAAUGAAGUCUUGGUUGUCAGACAGUCAGUAUGUACACAUGGAUUUCUGGAAAUGAAAAGUGUCCUAAGUUUCGGAACAUUAGCAAUAUCAUUAGUAUUGCUGAUGACAUCUGUCAUAUGUAAUAUUUGCAUUCAUCGUUACUACAAAAAAAUAGCAAGAGUAUCGUUCGCAACUGACGGAAACAACAUUACAGAAGAAGGUAUGGAAAUGAUAGAAACAGAAAAUGCGUAUCAUACUAUCAACGAAGAACAGAUUCGACUUGACGAUACUGAAACUGAAAAUACAAAUGAAUUGAGUAGUUCUUUUCGUGAGAUUUCAAACGUGUCAGCUGCUACUUUUCCUGUGGUGGCAUCAGGUAGAACUGAACAACUGAUAGAAGAAGAAGAUUAUUUAAAUCCUUAUUGCACAAUGAUGCAAAGCACAAUUGAUGUGCACGAGUACAGAGUUUUUUGUCAUGGAGCUGAAUGUGAUGGUACGGAUGAUGUUUCAAAUCAGGCACUAGGACGACUGUACGAAAAUUUGAAAAUCUAAUUUUCGGACAUGUUCAUCCGUUGCAAAUUAUCGAAUUACCUUUUCAGUGAAAUUGUAUACAUUUUUAGUGUAUCGAGUUGGUUGUAAUUUGCAUUUUAAUUUUGAACUGCAUACUUCAAUGUAUAUU